ACUCUCACACACUCACAGUCACACAACACACACUCAUACUCACCACGAGAGAGAGAGAGAGAGAGAGAGAGAGAGAGAGAGAGAGAGAGAGAGAGAUGGAGAAGGGGACAAAAGGGUUCAGCUUUUUGAGGGUGAAAGUGAGAUCUUUUAAGCGCACAUCUGUUUAGCAAGAGGCAAAGUCUUAAACCACCCACAGAGCGAUAUAGAGAGUGAGAGAGAAAAAAUCACAACGUCAUAAAAAAAAGACUUAAUGUGCACGCCAUUGUGGUGAGAUAGAAAGAAAGAUGCAAAUGGAAUUCCAAGUCUAACAUCACAACUUCAACAAAUUAGGGCUUUAUUCUUUGCAAUCAUAUCAUAUAUUCUUCACUUCACUCUCAAAACUCCCCCAGUUGAAGAGACAUGUUGGACUAUGAAUGGGGGAACCCGUCCACGAUAAUGCUCACCGGAAAUGAAGACAGCUCCGCCGCGGGCUCCGACCAAACCCACCGUCAAAUCUUCGACCACUACGCGUCCCACACGCUCAUCCCCGACCACUUCCUACACGCGCCAAUGCACUCCACCGCCACCACUGCCGCGGCAACCACCGCGGAUUUCACCCACCACCACUUCAACCCGCAACCCCACCACCAUAACCACAUGAACCACCACCACCAUCACCACGCCUUCUUCGACCCACGCGCCUUCCAUGGCGCGUCGAACACGUCCUACCCCCCACCCCCUUCCAUGCUUUCCCUUGACCCACUGCCUCACGUCAACGCUGUUGGGUCUGGGCCUGGACACGGGCCCGGGCCAGGACCCGGGCCAGGCGGACUUCUCCUUGUCCCCAAGUCUGAAGAAGUCGGUCGGCCCAUGGACUUUGUCGGCUCACGAAUUGGACUCAAUCUCGGAGGACGAACUUACUUCUCGUCCUCUGAGGAUGACUUCGUGAGCCGGCUCUACCGUCGGUCUAGGCCCGUGGAACCGGGUUCGACUAUCUCGUCGAACUCGCCGCGAUGCCAGGCCGAGGGUUGCAAUGCUGAUCUGUCGCAAGCCAAGCACUAUCACCGCCGCCACAAGGUGUGCGAGUUUCACUCCAAAGCCGCCACCGUCAUCGCCGCCGGCUUGACUCAGCGAUUCUGCCAGCAAUGCAGCAGGUUCCAUCUUCUUUCUGAGUUUGAUAACGGAAAACGUAGCUGCAGGAAGAGAUUGGCAGAUCAUAAUCGCCGCAGAAGAAAAACUCAACAACCAACUCAAGAAAUUCAGAAAUCUCAGCCUUCUUUGGAUAAUGUUGCAAGAUCUCCACCGGACUCCGGAGCUCAGUCUUCAUCGUCGGUGACGGUGGCAGUGUCGCCACCGGAUUAUUUCCGGCAGAGGCCAUACCAAAGCACAAACAACCCUUCAUCGAUUUCAAGCUCACUGUUUUUCUCAAGCGGGUAGAGUUCACGUUGGAGAAGUUUAAUUUGCAUGGCUAAUUAAUAUUUGCAAGAAAUUAACGGAGGAGCGUCAACAAUAAUAUAUAGUGAACUACUACUUCCACUUGUAACUCCCAAUUUAAUUUCAAACUCUUAAUCUCGCGUUAUUAAUUUGUACGAAUUGUGAUUUAAAGCAUCUAUGUUAAUCCCUCCCCUUAAUUUUCUAUAUGUAUUUAAUAGUAUUUGUUUACUGUUGAUUAUUAUUGGCCCCUUUGGGGUGCUACUAGUACAAGCUGAUAGCCAUAGCACAAAUGGAAUUCUGCCCAAUGGCCCCUACUUUUUA